GAGAGAGAGGGAGAAAGAGCAGGGCAGAAGGAGAGGAAGAGGCAAAGAGAGAGAGGGGAGCAAGAGAGAGAGAGAGAGACAGAGAGAGAGAGAGAGGGAGCGAGGGAGAGGAAAAGAGGAAAGGGGAGGGAGUGUGUGUGUGUGUUGAGGAGUGUGUGUGUGUGUGUGGUGCAUGUGUGUGUUCCAGCUGUGUUCUGGGAGGAAGCGGAAAAGACGACACUCUUCAAGUUUCACACGACAGCCUGUAGCUACGGAGGAGAGCAGAGGAACGCUGAGCUCUCACACACACAUACACAGCAUCUAUUAUUCUCACACACACUCACACACACACAUAUACACACACACACAUACAGACACACACACUGACAAACACACACAUUCACAGUGAUUCGUGAUUGAUGUGGCACUUUGGUGCGUCUUUGCGCUACAAGACGAAGAAGCGGAGAAGAGAAGAGCGGAGCGGAGAGAAGGAGUGACACAGCAGAGAGAGAGAAGAGCGAGAGAAGAGAGAGAACAGCGGACGGAGGAACAGAAAACAUCCAUCGAGAGAGAGAGAGAGAGAGAGAGAGAGAGAGAGAGAGAGAGAGAGAGAGAGAGAGAGAGAGAGAGAGAGAGAGAGUCUGCAAGUCGCUGACAGAGGAACACUGAGACCUUGAGAAGAGCAGGAGAGGAGGGGAGAAGAGGAAGAGGAGGAAGAGGAGGAGGACAGGACAAUAGAAGAACAGUGGAGGACGAGUGUUCUGCUCUGGGGAGGUCUGCUGGGACUGAAAGCAGAUGGCCCCUCAGACCGAGUCGGCGGCGGCGACGGCAGGAAGUGACAUCAGAGGCCGCGUGAAGAGUGUCGCCGGGGUGCUGCGCCUCCUGCAGCUGUUGCUAGGCGCCUGCAUCUGGGUGACCAUCGCGGCUAACCGCUACGACGGGGCGGUGCACUUCGCGCUGGCCGUCGCCGUCCUCUUCUGGCUCUUGACCCUCGCCGCGCUGGUGCUCGGAGCCCUGGACCGCCAUUGGGUGGUUCCCUUGAUCGGCGGCGAGCGCUGGCCAAUCACAACGCUAGUGCUGGACGUGGGCGCGCUCGUGCUGCUGCUGGUGGCCAAUGGGAUCCUGGGGGUGAAGAUGGAGCGCCUCACCUACUGCACGGUGACGCAGUACAAGUACAAGACCAGCUGCCUGUACAGCGUCUACCUCACCGCCACCAUCUUCGCAGCCCUGACCUCGGCCACUUACCUAGUGUCCGCCGUCUACCGGAUUGUCAUGAAGUGUCGCGGACAAACGCCACCUCUAUAACACACACACAUCUAUACUGUAGAUACACACACACACACACACACACACACACACACACACACACACACACACACACACACACACACACACACACACACACGUCAUCACAUACCUCACCCACCGCUACUGUAUUCGCACUUACCUGGUGUCAGCCGUCUACCGGAUUGUAAUGAAGUGCCGCCGACAAACAUCACACACAAACAUACAUCUAUAGACACACACACACACACACACACACACACACACACACACACACACACACACACACACACACACACACACACACACACACACUACAAUGGACCGCUGCUUGCCUUGGUACCUGGCACACUCAAUGGUACUUUAAACCUUCAGUUUUGGCUGAGGAUUGCACCAAAAACCCUUUUCCAUACAAGCCCUAGUAAAGAGAAGAGGAGAACAAGGAGGAGAGGAGAGGAGAUGGAUGGAUGAAUGGAGGAGAGGAAGAGAGAGGGAAGAGGGUAUAGAUCGGUGGAGGAGAAGUAAAGAGCUUUGUUACAAAAUGACAGCCUAUAUCCAUUUCUGAACUUUCUGGGAAAUUGACAUUUUGCAUUGCGCAUUGCAUUGCAUAGCAUAGCAAGAUGCAUUUUAUAUAGGUUCAAAAAGUAUGUUCUUAAUGUAUUUGAAUGGCGUGAUGUCACACAUAGCUGAUAGAACAGCUGAAGUCAUUUCCCAAAAUAAAGACCAAAAGUCAAAAAAUGCCGCUGACAUCAUAUUGCAACGGAACUCUCUUAACGGAACUCUGACCUCUGGUCAUCUCCCAGGACACUGCUCACUUGCCAAACCUAAUGCCCACAUAGCCUUAUGUUUUAAUGUGUGUGUGUGUGUGUGUGUGUGUGUGUGUGUGUGUGUGUGUGUGUGUGUGUGUGUGUGUGUGUGUGUGUGUGUGUGUGUGUGUGUGUGUGUGUGUGUGUGUGUGUGUGUGUGCGCGCGUGUGUGCGUGAGAGAGAGAGAGAGAGAGAGAGAGAGAGAGAGAGAGAGAGAGAGAGAGAGAGAGAGAGAGAGAGAGAGAGAGAGAGAAAGAGAGUGCGUGUGAUUGACUUUGGUAUGUCUGAGUCCAGAACAUUGAGUAAUCGUAUCAUUACAUAGACCGUCUAUUUUAGCCAAACAACAGUGUGUGUGCUAGCGUGCUUGUGUGGGUGUGUGUUCGUGUGUGUGUGUGUGUGUGUGUGUGUGUGUGUGUGUGUGUGUGUGUGUGUGUGUGUGUGUGUGUGUGUGUGUGUGUGUGUGUGUGUGUGUGUAUAGAGGGCUGCUUGCCAGCUUUGUAAUGUUUUUUAUACUGCACCAAGCUGAAAAUGUGUGUAUUCAAUUUCCCUUUUGAUGUACAAGCUGUGCGUGCGCGUGCAUGUGUGUUGAUGUAAGUGUAUGUAUGAAUCAGUCAUCCCUUAAUAAAAUACUGUUAACUGUUAA